AUCAGAUGUUUACCCAGUAGUUACAGUAGCAGUAGUCACUGUUAUGUUUCAUCUUUGUGUUCAUGUAUUAGUUUAAAACAGUUCAGUUGCAGCUAAUAACGUUUAAAAACGUUUAAAUAAUGGCCACGGUUAACAAGGAUGGCAGAUUAACGAGCUCUCAGAGUUUUCUGUGUGUCGGCUUUGCAGGAGUAUUUAGUAAAACCGUUACUUCACCGCUGGAGGUUGUGAAAAUCUUAAGUCAAGUCGGAACUUUUCACUGCAAACGUGGAUUUCUGUCCAGUUUUCAGCUUAUUUAUCACAAUGAAGGUCUGCGGGCAUUUUGGAAAGGAAAUUCUGUUUCCUGUCUUCGGUUGUUUCCUUACAGUGCUAUACAUUUGGGGACAUAUAAAACAAUAGUACAUUUGCACAUGGAUGAGCUUGGGCGUAUCUCACAGUGGAGGGCUAUAAUUGCUGGUGGACUAGCAGGAAUAUCUGCUGCACUUCUUACAUAUCCCUUAGAGGUCCUCGAAACCAGACUGAUUGCCCAAAACUGCAGAGACGCUACAUACCGGGGUGUGGUUCACACUAUUUCAAAAAUCCACCAAAACGAGGGGCUCCUGGCUCUUUACCGGGGCUUUUCCCUCACUGUUUUAGGUGCUGUCCCUUUCUCCAUUGGCUGCUAUGUAGUAUUUAUUAACUUGAAUAAGCUGUGGCAGGAGCACCACUUCCGUUUUUCUUCCCUGCAGAACUUCAUCAAUGGAUGUUUUGCGGCAGGAGUAGCUCAGACUCUCUCUUUCCCCUUUGAGACAAUUAAAAGAAAGAUGCAGGCUCAGUGUCCUAUUCUGCCACACUGUGGAGGAGUCGAUGUUCACUUUACCGGGAUGGCAGACUGCUUCAAACAGGUCAUCAAAACCAAUGGCAUCUUGUCCCUGUGGAGUGGCAUUACAGCCAACACACUCAAGAUUAUCCCCUACUUUGGCCUGCUCUUCAGCUGCUUCGAGAUGUGUAAACAAGUCUGUCUAUACCAAAACGGUUACAUUGUGUCUCCAUUAAGCUACAAGCUCAAACCAGGAGUGGAUCAGAGCCUGGGUCCAUAUGAACUGCAGGAGUUUAAGCGCUACUUGAGAAACAGGAAGAUACAGGCCCAGAGUUCUUCCAUAGGAAAUCGAUGGUAAACCAUACUUCAGGCAAAUCUAUCUGAGGGCAAGCAAGACUAUAUAAUAGUUUUGAUUAGUGUGGUGUCAUGCUACCAUAUAUUAAGUAUGAUUUAUUACUAUACUGGUACUAGUAUAAAUUCGUACAAGUUAAUGCUCCAUGGACUGUGUUUCUGUUAUUUUGUUAUUUUCCAUAGGGCAACUUGCAAUACUUCUACUGUUUGGUUUAAAUGUAGUACAAUUAUAAAUUGAGUACAUUUUGGCCAAAUGCUGCACUGACAAUACUUACAAUACUAUGUACUGUAAAUGCUCAAUAGCAAUAAUGUUGUGGAAGUUAUUAUCAGAAUUUAUGAGACAGUAUGGAUUUUCUUACUAUGGCAUCAGUUUGUAUUAAUUCUUACUGUCUUAAUGGUUGACAUUUGUAACAGUACUUGCUGCUGAGGCUCAAAAGAUCAUUGUGCCCAGUACUGUAUUCUGUAUAAUGUUUGAUAUUAAGGAUUUUGCACCAGCAUACUUGAACCACAAUCCUUUUGUGAAAUACCUCAGAAGAAAAACUUUGGUCAGUGAAUCACUGCCCCACAUGUAAUUACUGACAGUUUGUAUUUGUUUUUUUUUUAUAAAUAAUAAUGUUCUAAAACAAGGCAGUGUGUCCUUUAGGACAUACACUGAUGAGCUAAUACAUUAGGAACACCCACACGGUUAAGGUACUUGACUAGUAAUUGGAACAUCUGGUUUAAGCCCCACCACUGUCAGCAUUGCACUUAACCUUCGAUUGCUUGAAUCGGGUACCGUCACAGUUGUAAGUCACUAGCUGUCAAAACAGCUUUGACCCACCUGAAUGUGUCCUGUGGUAAAUGGUUUCAGGACAUUACCAUACCAGCAGAUCCUUUAACUUCUGUAUAUUGUGAGGUAGACAGGUUGGAGGCACAUGUGCCUCUCUGUUUACAUGGUCAUAGAAAAACAGGAUUCAUUUAACCAGUUGACCUUCCGUUGCACUGAUGUCCAGUUUUGAUGCCUGCAUGUCCAUUUUAGGUGCUUUCAAUAGUGGACAGGAGUUAUCACGGACACUUUGGGAGGUCUGCGACUAUGCAGCUUUAUACACAGAAAAGUUCAAUGCACUGUGUUGAUACAUUAACCUCAUUACCAGUAUUAAAAUUAUCUACAGUUCAAGCCAUAGUAGCCAUUGUGCAUAGCCUUUAUGUGCAGUUUGUGACUUGUCUUUCCUCAGUCACUGUCAAUACAUACCCACCAAUCUGCCUGUGAGCACUCCUUGCUCUUAUAGAGAUCCUUCAUUCACUCGUAUGUAAAACAAAAUGAGUUAUUUUAGUGCCUUUAUUAACCAAAGUAUGCAUGUUUUAGAAAUGUAAUUUUAUAUUAUUUUUUAAGUAUGAUUUAUUUUUGUGUGAUAAUAUUUUUUCAAGUAGUAUGUAUAAAGAAGAAUUGUAUAUAAAAUGAAGAAUUGUUUUAGCUGCAUCGGUAACAACCAGUUAAAUAUGUUAAUAUUAAACCUAUUUGUCCUCAGUUGUUCAGUAUUGUGUUAGCCAUUAAUGAGUUGUCUCAUGUUUGAAAUCUGCCAUGUAUGAUUUAUCUGGAGUAAAGAAGAUUUUUAUUUA